AUGAAUAGGAAUGAAGAUGAGACAAAUAAACUAUUACAAGAAAUUAGAAACGAAGUUACUGAAUUUACCACUACAAAUUUCUUUGGUUAAGUUGCUGAGAACUAUUAAAAUUAUGAAAAAUAGUGUUUUGAAGAGAAUAAUACAAAUAGCAUUCAAUUUGUGAAGUGUAAAAUUAUUAAUAAUGUAAGGCAUGAUGAAAUUUCAAAAGAGAUAAAUAAAGGAAGAACAGAAAAUGGAGUUUAAAAUAGAUUACCUAAAAAAUGAAAUAGCUGAGUGUCUUAACACCAACGAAAGAACUUAAUGUCAAUAAUUAGCUAUCAAUAAUAUAAUGUAGAUAUAGCAAGAAUUUUUGAAGAGCAUAGAAUUAACAUUGAAGAAAUGA